AUGCAGAACAAGCAGCGCAUGGACGAAUCGUGCCUUUCGAUUCUUGUGAAACUCGGUGACUUUGGUGAGGAUGAUGAUUUGGACCUUGGUAGAGCUCAUGGGCCGAAGGGGUAUUUCGAAGGUAUUUCGAAGGGAUUCCCCGGGAGCGAUUUCGCCAUAAGCAUUUUCGGUCGACGCCGCAAGAGGAUCUUGCGGCACGCAGGGCAAAAGUCACGGGUUGAAAAGGCCGCUUCGUCCACAGUCACGAGGCGCAAGCAGAGAGGCUCCAAGCAUCGUCGAUCUCCUUGCAGCUCCGCCUCAGAGUUUCCUUCUCAAUCCUCGUCGCGGCGGCAAUAUCAAGCGAGUAUUUCAAUGCAGCACGCAGCACGCAGUACACAGCUCCACCGGCACCCAAUUGAUGGCCAUCCCGGACGGUGCGAGAACCUGAGCGACACGGCAAGAGCUCUGGGGAUUGCGGCGAUGAAACGUGCCCGGAAUGAGAUCGACAGCUUAAUUGAGGCCAAUCACGUGGGCGAGGUGACAGCAGGGUUGCCCAAGAUAUCGAGAAAGGUGCAUGCGUGCACAGAGUGUCAGGCGAGGAAGAUCAAGUGCGACGUUGGACCUGGCAAGGCGAUCUGCACGAGGUGGAAAUCGACAAUUGAAGGGGAUUCGAAAUGCCUGCAACGAGCAGUAUCAAAGAUUCUUGAUGUCCUGGAUCUUCCAUCGCUAGAAUCCUUCCAUCGGCCAACGCAACUCGUUCAGGUGGUAUCACCAGAUCCUGUCAUCGAACAACUGCAGGAGUCGAGAACUACUCGGACGGCUGUAAUGGCCAUGACGAGAGAGCACUCCUUGGAUCCUGAAAGUAAGAUGAACGAUGCUCUCGUAUCAGCCCCGAUGGGUAGCGUAUAUGAAGUCGCGAAUUCAGGAACCUGA